AUGAUUGCCUGCUGUGACCACCACACGGGUCUGAGAGGUCCGGGCCCCCACUCGGCACGGCUUCUCCCACUCCCGCACAGUUCCCCCCACCUCCUCAGCAGCCUGGACGCCAGGCCGCCGUCCCUGUCGCUCCCCUUUCCUCCUCGUCACAGCCUCGUGCGCAAUGCCGCCCUUUCCUCCGAUCCCCGCCACCGGCACCCCGCUUCCGCUAGGCUUGCACCCGGGUCCCCAGGUGAUGCAAAGGAGGCUCCGCUUCCGCGUCGGCGAGAGGCGUGGGCCGUGACAUCACUGCGCCCUGACGUCAGACCGACGUGCAGCGGUCGCCCGGGAGACUGGGGAAGCCGUUUCUCACCCCAAGGAGCCGAGGGCUUAGACUGUUCUUCUCCAGUGCUCUCUUGGGGAAUUAUGGAUCGUCACAUUCCCAUGCAUGCACUACCCAAGGAAAUCCAAAAGAUGUCUCCCGAAGAAACAGUCUGUAAAUACUGUGGUGUCAGCUAUCUAAUUCUUCAUGAAUUUAAGGCUAUGGGAGAGAAACUGAAAGCAACAGAAGAAAAGAUGAAGUUCUAUCAAGGAAGCGCAGAACGUGAAAAGAGCCUUCAAGACAGGCUGCAGUCUCUUAGCCAAGAGUUUGAGGCGUAUAGGACUGAGAGUGAAAUCAAAAAAGAAAGACUUCAAGAUGCAAGCAUGCAGUUAAAAAAGCAACAAAAUGAAUUUCAGAGAGUACAGAAAGAAUUAAGUUGUCUACAACAUGAAUUUAAAAUUAAAGAAAAACAAUUACAACUCUCCAGCCAAAGAUUAUCAGAAUACAAAUACUUCUGGAAUAAGACUCUUUUAUUACUUGCUUUUACUAAAAGGGAACUAACCAGUAUUAAAUAUGAGAUAUAUGAUAAUUUUCAAAACUGGACUUCACUGAAAGGAGAAGUUUUUCUACAAAUUAAAUCUAUAAGUGAAACGGCCUUGGCAGAUUUACAGUGUCAGGUAGAGGCGCUUGGAUUAAAACUUCAGAAGACAGUGAUAGAGCUGGACAGCUGCAAAGAAAUGCUCAUGAAAAAAUCUGAUGAAGCUGAUAACUAUCAGAGAGAACUUAGAAAACUGAAGUUUGAAUCAAUUAUUUCUGAGUCAAGGCACAGUAGGCUGCUUAAAGAAAAAGAAGACUCUUUAAAGAUUUGUCAACAAAUAUAUAAAACUUUACGGGAAGAGCUGAUAACAAAAGAAAGACAAGAAGAAGAUAUAAAAAGAAGAGUCAACCUUGCAGAAAAUGAGCUAGAAAUGAGCAAAACGCUUCUGGAUCAGACAAAGGAAGAAGUUGUGACACUGCAGAAUGAAAGGGAAUUGUUGCUGGUUUCACAUCAAAAAAGCCUGGAGCAGCUGCAGGGAGUGCUGAGACAGAGGCUGCUGAGUGAGGAGAACAAGAGGGAGAAGAUAGAAACUGAACUCACCAGGGAGAGAGCCCAACAUGUAAUUGAGCUCCAGGAGCAAGCUCUUCUUUUCAAGGAAGAAGCAAAACUGGAACUUGAUGUUGAAAAAGAAAAACACCAGGAACUAAUCCAAAAGCAUAAGAAAGAACAAGAAGAACUACAAAUGAAGAUAUCUGACUUAAUCACAGGUGCUACAAGAAACCUUAGGCUAGAAGUGUUGACUCUAGAGGAAAAACUCCAUGAAUCCUACAUGCAAUACACCAGAGAGUCAGAGUCAAAGAAGAAAGAAAUUGAAAACUUAAAAAAUUUGGUUGCAGAAUUUGAAUCUCGCUUAAAAAAGGAAACCAGCAGUAACGAUUCUGUUUCAGAAGACUUGAAGAAGAAAAUGAAACAGAAGUCAGAUGAGCUGCAAAGAGUAAUGCUGGCCCAAGCACAACUGUUGCAGCAGUUUAACCAGUCCCAGGAAGAGAACACUUUUCUUCAGGAAACAGUGCGGAGAGAGUGUGAAGAACGCUUUGAACUGACAGAGGCUUUGAGUCAAGCCAGAGAACAGCUCCUGGAGCUGAGGAAGAGCGGUGAAAGCUUACAGUGUUCCCUGAGCAAGGGCAGCCUAACCUACCGUGCCACAGCAGUCAGUAAUCACCGGGAACGAAGCAGCAUGAGACCGAGCUAUGGGAAAGACAUCAACACCCCCAGCCUGCAUGGAGUGUUAAAACCCACCUCUUCCCCAACCCCAGAUAAGCUCAAGAAGGUCAGCUGCUCAGGACUGCUUAUCCUUCCCCAACCAUAUCCCUCCAGGGGCAGAGUGUCUUCAGUGAAUGAGGCCAGGCGGAGGCUGGCGGCCAUCCUUCGGCCAUCCUUCGGAAGAGGCUGAGUCAGCAGUGAUGACCCAGAGUCAGGAUCAGCCCCACCCAGUGCUCAAGUCCCUUCACACCGUGCCAGAGACUCACUGUAACUGAGGGUGCCCGGGAUCCAAGCGUGUCUGUAGAUAAGUUUAACAAGGGAUGUAAAAAGCUAGGAAACUGUGAAACGGCAUUUCCAAGGGGCCUUUGAAAUUGCAACAGAUAAUGAAGUUGGUAUUUCAUAGUACUGAUUUCUACAUGUAUGCAUUGUGUUUUAGAUGUGCUCUGGGGAUACGCCCUUUUAGAAAUCACAAGUAAAAAUUUCUCACCCAUAGCAUCUUUUCUUUCUUU